GGUGUUAGUCUGGCUGAGGCAGCCGGCUUGACCAGCAGCACAGCACCACCAGAGCAGCUGAUGCACUGGAAAUUGUCUUUAUAAGGACAAAGUGAGAGGUUUUUGUGGAUAUAAUUUUUGAGUGGAUACAAGUGUUUAAGGCGGCAGAAUAAGUGCAAGUGCAACCAAGAAGUGGGAGUGCAGCAAGCGGUCCCGUUGGAGACUUGAAUAAGAGUAGAAAGUGAGAGUAGUGUUUUGUGUGUGAGGUGGGUGACACCUGGCUGUUGUUGCCCAGGGUUAUGAUUGACAGCUGUCAGGGUAGUGAGUGACAGCUGCCAGAGUCAUGAACGACAGCUGCCAGGGUCAUGAACGACAGCUGCAAGGUCAUGAGUGACGCGUUGCAGUAAUUCCCUACGCUGCACUCUACCUGUCUCUGUGAUAGGCCUGGUGGUGUGUGAAGCACUGUGUGUGACGAGUGUUGGAGGUAGGAAUCAGGUGUGUAACGGGUGUUGGAGGUGGGAAUCAGGUGUGUGACGGGUGUUGGAGGUGGGAAUCAGGUGUGUGGAGACGUGUGUCCUUCCAGGUACCUCCUGCAGCCCUAUCCCUGUAGGUGACCUGAUCUCUCAGACGAACCAGGUGAUCCAGCAGCGUCUGGGGGGUCACGGGGAGAGGACCCCCGCCUAGCAACUAGUAAGUUGCCUCUGCCGGAGCUGGUACUGUUGUGCUGCUGCUGCUGCUGCUGCUCGUCCUCCUCCUCCUCCUCCUCCUCCCAGGGACACUAGUAGUAGGCAACCUCGACCACUCUGCCCACUACCUGCCUGCCUGCCUGCCUGCCCGCCCGCCCGUCCACCCACCCACACUAUCUGCCCGCCUGCCCAUCCACCCACACUACUUAUCUGCCCGCCUGUCUGCCACCUAGGUAAAGAGGCAGAAGCCAACCAGGCGGGGAGGCAGAUGCAACACGUGGUUAAUAGGGGCAAGGAGGCACGUGUUUAGUACGCUGAGAGACAGCCGCACAAACAGCACAGGGCGGUAGGCUGGGUGUAUAUCAGGUGGCAGGCUCCACCACCACCACCAGUCUCUACCACCGCCAGCCUCCACCACCGCCAGCCUCCACCACCGCCAGCCUCCACCACCACCAGCCUCCACCACCGCCAGCCUCCACCACCACCAUCAGCAGCGGUCUCCACUACCACUACUGCCACCACAACCACCAGUCUCCACUGCCACUAAAACCAGCCUGCACUAUCACUAGAGCCAGUCUUCUUCACCACCACCAGCCUCCAUCACCACCUCCACCAGCCUCCAUCACCACCUCCACCAGCCUCCAUCACCACCUCCACCAGCCUCCAUCACCACCUCCACCACCACACCACUAGCCUCCAUCACCACCACCACCACCACCAUCACCGCCACACAAUAUGGACACCGCCUCCUCGCCUCCACCCAAUUAUUCAGGUAUGAUCCCUGUAUCUCCGAGUCCACCACUGGAUGCCCAGCCUGUGACCUACUGUGAGCCUGCAUUCUGGUGUUCAAUAUCUUACUAUGAGCUCAACACACGUGUAGGAGAGACCUUCCAUGCCUCGCAGCCAUCACUCACUGUGGAUGGCUUCACAGAUCCCAGCAACAGUGAACGCUUCUGCCUAGGCCUGCUCUCUAAUGUGAACCGUAACCCAGUAGUGGAACAGACCAGACGUCACAUUGGCAAGGGUGUACGACUUUAUUACAUUGGUGGAGAGGUGUUUGCCGAGUGCCUCUCAGACUCCUCCAUCUUUGUACAAAGUCCUAACUGUAACCAGCGCUAUGGCUGGCAUCCAGCUACUGUAGUCAAGAUUCCUCCAGGUAUAAUAUAAGAAGCUUUCUUUUUCUUGAGUUAGAUCUAUUAAAUCACAUUUUUAUAUCUCUUUGCUAUUUAGUUAUUUUCCUUGGUUGCAAUAUCAUUUAUAACUGCUGAUUGACUUAAUGUAAUGAAGCUACAGUAAACACUGAACAUAAAGAACUUCUGAAGUAACAGAAAAAAUCCACUGAGUGAAAUGUACUUUUAACUCAUUUCAAUGUUUAUUACAUUAUAACUGUAUAAAGUGCUGUAUUAGAGUACUUUAGUGCAACUUGUUUAAUAUUAUCCUGAUUUAAGACAUGGAGCAUCCACCCUGUUAGUGCAUUAGGUUUACUUCAGUUACUACAUCUCCAGUCCUGCUCUUGACCACAAAAUAUACUAUCAUUUUUUAUUACAUUAACACAAUACCUGGUAGAGUGGGAAAUAAUGAGAUUCAAUCCAAGGAAGGGGAGGUUAGGUUCAUUUCUGUGUAUCAAGAGCCGAGCAUCAAGGAACCUCCAUUGAGGGGAUAACCACAGGUGGUCCCUAGAUUGAGAUUUUAUGACAAUAUAUCUGCCUACAGUUAACAGGGCAGCUUCAAUAAAUUUUUAUUAUUUUUCUCACUCUAAGAAAAGCCAGAUGGGUAGGUACAGUGGAACCUUGGUUUUCGUUAUUAAUCCAUUCGAAAAAGUCUGACAAUAAACCGAAUCAACAUUUCCCGUAAGAAAUAAUGUAAAUCUAAUUAAUUUGUUCCACACCCAAAAAUACUUAUUCUCUAUAAAAAGUAUAGUUUUACAUACAAAAAACUGAGGUUCCACUGUAUAUAUGCAUGCGUAGUGUGACCUAAGUGUAACAAGAUGUAUCUGAAACCUUGCAUAUUUAUGAGACAAAAAAAAAAAAAAAAAUAUAAUCCUACUGGUAGGACAGUAUUACCUCCCUGGGUGGUUGCUGUCUACCAACCUACUACCUAAUUAUUAUUUCUGUUCCUGUUAACAGCAGAUUGAAGAUUAAGCUUGAUUUUUGUUUUAUGGCAAAGGCUCCUGGGUUCUUCUAAAUUAUAUAAACAUUCUUUGUGCUUAAUUUGAAAAUAAAUACAAGAAGUAUUCAUGUGUUAAAUCCCUAUUAUUAUAUUGGAUAUUAAUAAAAUACUAUUAUUCAAGUUAGUGGUAAGAUAUAUUAUUUUUUUUAUAGCUUAGCUACCUAUGAGGUCAAAUAUAUAUGUAUGGUGUCCACACCUAAGGAAAAAGAGUUCAACUCCUCAAGCAGUCCAACAAAUGUUUAUGAACUAUUCUUGUCUUAGAAUAUCUUAAGCCGUAGUGUACCUAAGUUAUAUAACCUUUAAUUACCAUUGUGGGAAAUGGUUUCUCACAAGACUAUCAUCUAAAGUGUAGCUCCUCACCUCCUUCAAACAUGCUGGUAAAAAAUCUAGAAUAUUGACUUUAAUUUCCUUGAAACAAUUAUGUAGUGUACCAUAAAUAGGUACAAGGUUCACAAAUUGGUGAUCAGUUUAUUUAACCAGCUGGGUGAGUGGCUAGGUAGAUGAGCAAAAGGUACAGAAUCAGAAACUCAAGGUCCCUUUGAACAGGAUACUUUCAUAGCUUUGAGCCCAGCCUCUUCAAACAGUUAUUAAUAUAGUGGAUAUAUCUGGGGAAACACUAAAUCCACAGGGGGCCAAACACUUGGGGAAUUGGAGUAAACUGUUUUAUCUAAUGAAUGAAAAGGAUGCCCCAAUUUCUUGGAUGAAGAUCCUUCACCAGAAUCAAGGCACUUCCCUUAAUAGUUUUUAUUUAUUUCCUCUUAUAUCCAUGGGUAAGUGGAAGAGAAUUCUUCCUCCAUGUCAUAAGAGGCCAGAAACCCCUUCUCCUGUAUAAAUUACUAAAUUUUAAGAGAAAUGUGUGUUUUUCUUUUAGGUCACCCUGCCUCAGCAGGAUACAGCCAGUUUGUUGAAAAAAAAAAAUAAUAAAAAGUACACAACAAAAUUUGGUGACAUUUUAUACAUUAAGGAAAGCCAAUUAUACAGAGCAUUUCAGACAGACAAAAACUAGAAUUUACAACUACUCGAUGGACUUGAUUUAUGAGAAAUAUAUAAAGUGGAUGUGGUAAAUAAGUUUGGGGUGCCAGGUGUAAAUGAUAAUUUAGAGACCGAUUGAACUUUGUAUUGAAAGGAGUUUAGUUAUAGGUAAUACACAUUUUGAGAAAAAGAGGAUAAAUAAGUAUACAAGAUAUGAUGUAGGGCAUAAUGACAAUAGUUUGUUGGACUAUGUAUUGGUAGACUUCAAGAUGUACAUGUUUAUAGAGGUGCCGCAGAUAUAUCAGAUCGCUUUUUAGUUGUAGUUACAGUGAGUAAAAGGUAGAUGGGAUACAAGAAAAAUGGAAGCAGCAAGUAAGACAGAGGUGAAGGUUUAUAAGCUAAAGGAGAAGGCAGUUACAGCAAGAUAUAAACAACUAUUGGAAGGGUAGGUUUAAGAAUGCAUUAGUUUGUGGUUCCAGGAAAGUGGGUGUAGGAGGGAAGAAGAUAAAUUGGUUGAAUGAUGAUAGAGAAAAAAAAAGUUAGCAUAUGAAAGGUUUUUACAAAGUAGAAGCGAUGCACGGAGGGAGGAGUAUAUGGAGAGGUUAAGAGAGUGGUGAAGCAAUGUAAAAAGAAAGCAAAUGAGAGUGGGUGAGAUGUUAACAAAUUUUGUUGAAAAAGUUUUGGAGCGAGAUUAAUAAAUUGAGGAAGCCUAGGGAACGAAUGAAUCUGACAGUUAAAAGUAGGAGAGGAGAGUUAUAGGCAUCAGGAAGAUGGAAUAUUUUGAAGAAUUGUUAAAUGUUGAUUAAGAUAGGGAAGCUGUGAUUUCGUGUAUAGGGUAAGGAGGAAGAACAUCUUGUAGGAGCUGUGAGUGUAGUUCAGAAGGAAGUGGGUAGAAUGAAAGGGGUAAGGCAGCUGGGAUAAAGAUAGAAAUGUUAACAGCAGGUGGGGAUAUAGUUUUGGAGUGGUUGGUGCUUUUAUUUAAUAAAUGUAUGGAAGAGGGUAAGGUACCUAGGGAUUGGCAGAGAGCAUGCAUAGUUCCUUUGUAUAAAGGCAACAAAAGAAUGUAAAAAUCAUAGGGGAAUAAGCCUGUUGAGUAUACCUGGUAAAGUGUAUGGUAGAGUUAUUACUGAAAGAAUUAAGGUUAAGAUGGAGAGUAGGAUAAUAGACUUUAGGAAGGGUAGGGGGUGUGUUUACAGUGAACAUUAUUUAGAUAAGAGUAAAGAGGUUUUUGUGGCACUUAUGGAUUUGGAAAAGGUGUGGAUAGGGGGGGCAGUGUGGAAGAUGUUGCAGAUGUAUGGAAUAGGAGGUAUGUUAUUGAAAGCGGUGAAAAGAUUUUACGAGGAUAGUUAGGCUCAGGUUAUAGUAUGUAGGAGAGAGAUUAUUUCCCAGUAAAAGUAGGCCUUAGACAAGGAUGUGUGAUGUCACCAUGGUUGUUCAAUAUAUUUAUAGAUGGGGUUGUAUGAGAAGUGAAAGCUCGGGUGUUGGCAAGAAGUGUGGGGUUAAAACAAAGAAUCUAACACAAAGUGGGAGUUGUCACAGUUGCUCUUUGUUGAUGACACUGUGCUUUUGGGAGAUUCUGAAGAGAAGUUGCUGAGAUCGGUGGAUGAGUUUGGUAGGGUAUGUAAAAGAAGAAAAUUAAAAGUGAAUAUAGGAUAGAGUAAGGUGACGAGGAUAAAAAAAAAUUGGGUUAACAGAAGAUUGGAGGAGGUGAAUGUAUUCAGAUAGGAAUGGAUGUGUCAGCAGAUAGGUCUAUGAAAGAUGAAGUGAAUCAUAGAAUUGACAAGGGAAAAAAGGCAAGUGGAGUACUGAGGAGAAAAAGAACUUUGUUCAUGGAAGCAACGAGGGGAAUAUAUGAGAGUAUAGUUAUACCAAUGCUCUUAUAUGGGUGAAAAGCAUGGGUGGUGAAUGUUGCAACAAGGAGAAGGCCGGAGGCAGUGGAAAUGUCGUGUCUCAGGGCAAUGUGUGGUGUGAAUAUAAUGGAGAGAAUUCGUAGUUUUUUAAAUUAGGUGGUGGUGCGUGAUUACCAAAACUAUCAUCCUGAGGGCUGUGGUGGCUCGGACAUGUAGAGAGGAUCCAACAAAUUAGAAUGACUUCGAGUGUAUAAAUCUGUAGUGGAGGGAAAGGCGGGGUAGAGGUCAGCCUAGGAAAGGUUGGAGGAAGGGGGUAAAGGAGGUUUUGUGUGUGAGGGGCUUGGGCUUCCAGCAAACGUGUGAGCAUGUUAGAUAGGAGCGAAUGGUUUUGAGCGCUUGACGUGCUGUUGGAGUGUGAGCAGGGUAAUAUUGAUGAAGGGAUUCAGGGAAACCAGGAGGUUGGACUUGAGUCUUGGAGAUGGGAAGUACAGUGCCUGUACUCUGAAGGAGGGGUGUUAAUGUUGCAGUUUUAUAACUGUAGUGUAAGCACACCUCUGGCAAGACUGUGAUGGAGUGAAUGAUGGUGAAAGUUUUUCUUUUUCAGGCCACCCUAUCUUUGUGGGAAAUGGAUGUGUUGUUAAUAAUAAUAAAAAAUACAAAACUAGAUAGUAUAUACAGUAUAAAUAUUAAGUGAUAUUAAUCCUAAUGAAUACAUUACUCAUUUAGUCAAAAACACUUGAAUAUAAUAACAAACUAGUACUAAUAAAAAUUAAAGGUAUAACAAUAUUUAAAAUAGAAGUGGAGCAUAGUACAUAAAAAUAUGUUUGUUUAUUAAUUAAAACAGCAGUUUUAAAAUAAAAGUGGAAUUAUAGUAGAGAUAUAAACCUCUGAGAAGUUUAAGAGCUGCGUUUAUAUUUAUAUUAGGCGUAC